UACAAGAAAAGAGUGCAAGCUGUAAUUGACGAAGACCAAAAAUUAAAGGUCCCCAUAAAGUUCAUUAACGAGCAAAACAUCUUUGAUUAUACUGUACCUGGUUCUGAAAGUGAGAUUGAUACUGCCGAUUCUUCAGCGGAAGAAAUCUCUGAAAGCGAAUACAAGAUUGAGGAACAUUUAGAAGAUCAUAGUUUUUUAUGUUGGCUCAUUGGUUACUCGAAGAAUAAACUGUCGACGAUAAAUGAUGAAGAAAUAGUCGAUUAUGGACGCGUUCCUCGAUGCCUGACGAAAAGGUCAUCUGAAAGAAAUGAAGGGAGCUAUCGACAAGGAACUAUAAUAUAUUACCACGAAAAUUUGAUCAAGCUCCAUUUCACUCCAUGGACAAAUCCAAGGUUCGACUUUGGGGAUAAUUUUAUAGAUCCUACGAUUGAUGUAGGAAAAGCUGAUAUUGCCUUCCUUCAGGACAAUGAAUAUACAGUAAGAUGCGAGGUAUGUUAUCAACAAGCGGAACUCAGGGAAGUCUUUGAUUUUCAAGCAGGAUAA